GUGCAUUGGCACCAAGAUCAACAAACACACCUAUACGAUAUCAUCUUGGUAAGCCAACGUAGCGGGGGGAGAUAAACCAUUGUAGCAGUGGAUAGGCAGACGUGUACGGAAAGCGAGAGAAGGCAGACGUGCGGCGGAGAGCCGUCGUGGAUUAGAGGUGGAAUAAAGAGUUUAGCUAUCACAAAUUGGCGACUGUGGAUGGGUUGCGGAAUACACCACGCGAUUGGUAAGAUUUUGUUCUUUAUCGUUGAACGUUUUUUCUUCCAGCGUCAAAUUCUGCGGGGCGGAGCCCCUCCGUAUGCUUUGACCUGUUACACACACACACAGUGAUGCCAAACGGGUCCGGCACCGGAAGGAGUGGUCGAAGAGAGUGAAAACUCACACGCCGUGGCUUCGAGCCGGGAAAAUUGGUCAAAGGCCUUGGGCCGGCGACGAGACUUCGAGUCAGAAACGAAAAGACUGGACUCGGAAUCGAGUAGAGGCUUCGAGCCAGGUUACAACAAAGGCCCUGAGCCAGGUGUUGGAAAGGCCUAGAGCCAGGGAAAGUUGGUUAAAUCCACAAAAAAAAAGAAGAAGAAAGAAAUUGAGCUGAGUUGUCAAAACAACAGGCCACCCAGGCUGACAGACAUUUCUCUGUAACAGCAUUCGGAAAAGUCUGCGAUUAAAAGUUCUAUCGACAGCUUGGCAACCCAGCCAACUGUCAAGCUGAAAACAGACAACGAAACGAGAACCAGAUGUAAACAUUGUGUAAUCGAAACAAUUUGUGUUGUUACAGAUAAUACAUGAUUUCGAGUUACCAGAAGGCUUACUGAAACAAGGGUUUCGGGUAAAAUCAGAUUGACCGGACGAAAGCAGAAAAAAGCGAAGUCAACUGAGUGCGCUGUCAACUAGUGGAGAGCGAUAUCGAUUAGCCCAGCAAGCACCAUGGACAAGUUUGACAUACCGCCGUUUAAGUUCAAACAAAUGCCGCCAAAUGAAGUGCGCGAGGAGUGGACUCGCUACAAACGAAACUUCGAGUACAUGGCUCUGGCGAACGCAGUGACGAAUAAGACCAGGCUGAAGCAUAUCUUCCUCGCCCGAGCUGGAGUCGACGUCCAAGACGUGUUCAGCAGCAUUCCAGACGCUGACGUCGAAGAGCGCCUGGGCGUCGACCCGUUCAGAAUCGCUAUCAACAAGCUGGACGAGUACUUCGCACCUAAGCAACACGAAGCCUACCAGAGAUUCUUGUUCUGGUCACAGAAAAUGAAGGACGGAGAAUCACUGGACAAGUUUAUGCUGCGCGCUAUGGAUUUGGCUUCGAAGUGUAACUUCGGGAAUACCCAACAGGAAGCACGAGACAUAAGCGUAAUCGACAAAGUCAUCCAAAUGGCCCCUGACGACCUGCGCGAAAAGCUUCUGCAGAAGGAGCACCUGAGCGUUGAUUCGGUGACCAAGACCGUUAACGCUUAUCAGUCCGUCAAAUUCCAAGCGGGACAGAUGGCAGGUCACUCGAACCAGCCCAAACCGUUUCAAGAGGUGAACGUGGUGAACAAUGACGCGGCCGGCGCGGUCGGCGAAUGCUCGCGGUGCGGCUAUCCAGGUCAUUUCCACUACGAUGAAAGAUGUCCGGCGCGGGACCGGACCUGCAAGGUCUGCGGAAAUGUGGGCCAUUUUGGAAUCAAAUGCCGUUCGAGAAAAGCUCGAAAGCGCAAGUUCAAUGGACCAACUGGACAACGGAAGCGAGUGAAGUUCGAGCGGGUGCGAGCGGUGGACACCGAGGAAGAAGGUAAAAGCACUGAUUUUAUUUUCACGAUCGGUGAUGGUGAUGAGCUCAUCUGGGUGACACUUGGAGGCAUCGUCGUACAAAUGCUGAUCGACUCGGGCUGCGAGAAAAACAUUGUUGACAGCGGAACGUGGGACAAGUUGAAAAACCAAGGAGUUUCAGUAUCGGACAUGCGCACGGACUCCCGAGUAAACUUCCGGGCAUACGGACACACGGAUCCCCUAAAGGUCAGCCGGGUAUUCGAGGCAUCCAUCGCGGUGGGGGACAACGGUGAACGUGCCAAGACGAUGGCAACUUUCUACGUGGUGGAGGGCGGUCAACAACCUUUAUUGGGCCGCGCCACAGCGAAAGUGUUGGGUGUUCUGGUGUUGGGAUUACCUAGCACUCGUCCCCCAGAGCUGUACCAGAUGAGCUGCGAGCAAAAGCGGCCGUUUCCAAAAAUAAAAGGCGUCAAGGUAGUCAUACCAAUUGACCCGACGGUAUCACCCGUCGCGCAACAUGCCCGACGCCCACCCCUGGCGUUGCUUGAUAAAAUUGAAUGUAAGAUUGAUUCUUUGCUGGCCUCGGACAUUAUUGAACCUGUUGAAGAGUACAGUCCGUGGGUGUCGCCGCUGGUUGCCGUGCUGAAGGACAACGGAGAGAUUCGACUCUGCGUAGACAUGCGAAGAGCUAAUCUCGCAAUCAAGCGCGAGUCGCAUCUGAUGCCCACAUUCGAAGAUUUUCUUCCAAGGCUGAAGGAAGCACGCGUGUUCAGCCGUCUGGACAUCAAAGAUGCCUUCCAUCAGCUGGAGCUGGACGAGUCAUGCCGUCAAAUUACGACGUUCAUCUCUCACAAGGGGAUGUUCCGAUACAAACGGUUGAUGUUCGGACUUUCGAAUGCAUCUGAGGUUUUCCAAAAGAUCGUGGAACAGAUGUUGGCAGGAUGUCCGAAUGCCUUGAACUACAUUGACGACAUUUUGGUCUACGGCAAGAAUGAGGAGGAACACGACGCGGCGUUGGCGAAGGUGAUGGACAAACUGAAGGCGAAAAAUGUGCUGCUCAACCACAAGAAGUGCGUUUUCAAGGUAUCCGAGGUUGUGUUCUUGGGUCAUCACAUUUCAGGAACGGGUAUUCGGCCAGCAGAGGAGAAAUUAAGCGCGUUGAAAUCGUUUCGAGCCCCGCAGACCGUCGAAGAGCUCCGGAGUUUUCUGGGCCUCGUUACGUAAGU